AUGUUAGUAUUCUGUUUCUUUUAUGCUUUCGUAUCAUCAAAAAGGCUUUUACAGCAAAAUUUCGAACUUGAUAGGAAUCAAGUUUUAAAAUCCGUGCAAAGUAAAAUCGAAAAAUUUGAAAUUCCUUACUUUGUUAGAAUAAUUGGUGCGAAAUGCUUCAUUAAUUCAACAACUACACUCACAACAGUAGAUUUUGCAAAUGCAAUUAGUCUUCUUCGCAUUUCUAGCUCAGCGUUUGAAAACUGUGAAAAAUUAGUUGAUAUUGAUUUGAGUAAUUGUAUCAAUCUGUGGACAAUAGAAGAAGACGCUUUUGCGAAAACAGGAUUAAAGACACUUCGCCUUCCAAAUUACAUUACAACAUUAGGAGAUCGUGCAUUUCUAAGUACAAGACUUGUUCAGAUAAACAUACCAAAUGGAUUAGUCUCUAUUGGUAUUGCAUGUUUCAAGGAUUCACCAAUUACUUUUGUAAAUAUCUCCAAAUCUUCAAGUUUAGCUGUAAUUCAACCAGAAUCUUUCAUGAACACUGCAAUUACUUCAUUUUUCAUACCCUCUGGAUUAGCAUUGAUCAGUACAUUGGCAUUUAAGAAUACACAUGUCAUUAAUUUUACGAUUGAUCCAAGAAAUAGAUUUGUUACAUACGAAACAGUAUUUUACAACAAGAAUCAUUCAAAAGUUCUUGCAUCUCCACCUACUAUUGUCGGAAAACUCGUUCUUCCUGAUACAAUUACUGAAAUUUCAGAAUCAUGUUUCGAAUACUGCGAUGUACAAGAAAUUUCAUUCACAAAUGUUACUAUUAUAGGUCCAAGAGCAUUCUACUACUCAUCCAUUAAGAAUAUUGUCAUUCCUGAGACAGUUAAAAUUAUUGGACAUUCAGCAUUCGAAAAUUGCAAGAAUUUAAUGACUCUAAAGAUACUAAACUCUGAUCUUGUGAUCGGAUUGAAUGCUUUCAGGCACACAAACCUUGUUUGCGACGUUAUGAUCCCUGUUCCUCUUAUUCCUAAUGCUAUUGAGCAAGGAGUGUCAGAAAAAUCAUUUAAUGAAUGCAGUAAUAUAGCUAAGAAAUAA